CAUAUGUUUCAUAUUGACAUAUCAAAUUAUUAGCCAAUUUGGGAAGGAAAUUAAGUUGUGCAUAUACAAUGAGAAAGCCAGAGGUUUCUAGUACUAAAAAUAACAACAUUAAUAAGAAGAAGCUUAGAAAAGGAUUAUGGUCACCAGAAGAAGAUGAGAAACUUAUGAACUAUAUGGUAAGGAAUGGACAAGGUUGUUGGAGUGAUGUGGCAAGAAAUGCUGGAUUAGAAAGAUGUGGCAAAAGUUGUAGGCUAAGAUGGAUCAAUUAUUUAAGGCCUGAUCUUAAAAGAGGUGCUUUCUCACAACAAGAAGAAGAACUCAUCAUUCAUUUUCAUACCCUUCUUGGAAACAGAUGGUCUCAAAUAGCAACACGUUUGCCAGGAAGAACAGACAACGAAAUAAAAAACUUUUGGAAUUCAACCAUAAAGAAAAAACUUAAGAACUUGUCUUCAACCUCACCAAAUGCAAGUGAUGAGUCCUCACCUGAGCCUAACAAAGAUCUCAAUAUACAAGGGUCCUAUAUUUCUACACACCAACAUGCAAAUUAUAACAAUUACAUGAAUAUGCCUAUGUUCACCUCAUCAUCAUCAAUGUUGGAAAACACAAUUUUUAAUACCAUGAACAUUGAUACAUUGCCUAUGCUAGAUCAUGGUGGAUCAUACUUCAACAAUGGAGUUGAAAUUAUUAAAGAUUCUUAUUUAGAAAAUGGUGUGUUUGGAAGUGUAAAUAUUGGAGUACAAGAGGAAGUGUGCAAGAAAGAAACUAACAAUAGUGAUUAUUAUUUUGGUGACAUAAACAUCAACACUAUACUUAACAACUGCAAUAUUAUUGAGAGUAAUAAUAAUAAAAUUGAAAAUAGGAGUGAGGUAGUGGAGAAUUUAUAUCAAGAACAAUUCAAUUUGGGAGAGUUGGAGUUUGAGGAGUUGAUGAAAGAUGUUUCAUCUUUUCUCUUUUCUUGAUUUUUCAGUUUGAUCCAAUAAUUGUGAUCCUUAAUUUCCAAUUAUAUUUUUUUCUUCUCAAUUUCUCCUAAUUGGGAUCCCAUUUCUUAGUCAAAAUUACCUCCAGAAAAUUAUGGACCUUUAUACUUGGUAAUUAAUUUCAUUAGAACCAGCUUGUAAUAUUUUUUUAGUUGAUUACUAUAUAAAUAAUCUUCUUAGCUUGUAAAA